UAUGGGUAAUAUAACACUGCCGCCAUUUCAAUAAAUAUGGCGUGCGAGUUUGGGAGCAUGAGAACUCCACGCGAGUAAGAUUUUCUUGAAGUUUUGCUUAAGGUUAAUUGGAUUGAUAACAUGGAUAACCAAGAAUUUUCAAGUGGACAUCAUAAUGAUGCACCAAGAAAGAUUCGUACAAGAAGUUCAAGAAGUUCGAGAUCUAAUCCUUACAAAAGGCCAACAUCAACUUCAAAUCAAAAUACUGAAUCUGAUCAGAGUUUAAUUGGAAAGGUGACAAGCUACAUAGUCCCAUCAUGGAUAUCUGGGUGGUUAACUGGUAGCAAAACAAAUGUUGAUGUUGUUGUUUCUGAUGAUAGUGAUGUAGAAGGGGAUGAUGAUGUGAUUCACAAUGAAGCAGCAAAAACCAUAUCUCAACCUGAUGUAAUUACUUCUCAUGCUACAAAACAAGAUCAUUUCUCUGUGAUUAACGAAGAAUCCGAAUCUAAGGAAACACCACCUGUUCUCCAACCUGGGUUUUAUCAAAGAUAUCGUUCACCUGAAAACACCACAAACUUGAUCCGACCGUCCUUUGUAAAUGAUACAAAAGAUGAACGAACUGAAAGCAAUCCUUAUGUUGUUCCUCAACAAAAGCUGUUUCAUCUCGAUGAGUCAACAACAAAAGCUGAAACAGAUGCAACUCAAUCGUUAGCCACAUCGUUACUUUACCACAGUAGAAAACGACAUUCUGUAAACAAACCUGCAUUCAGGGUAUCAGCAUUUGUAUCACCUAGGGAACAAUCAACAACAACGUUUAACACUUCAUUAAAUUCGUCCUCUUUUGAUUUUUCAUCAAAUAACAGAUCAACAUUUUAUUCUGGUCACACUAUGUUUGGUGGUUCUUCAACAAUGCGGGAAAAUCCUACCAAACGUCGGAAAAUGUCGCCAGUUUCGAGCAAAGUGCAAACGAUAAGGACACAAAUAAGUGCCAAACCAUUAAGAGCUGGUAAAAGAAGAUCUGUAACAAGUGAGACUGCGAAAAAAAUAUUAACCACGCUUAAUAAAAUGUCUUCUCCCUUGAGAGACUCAAGAAAGUUGCCUCCACUUUUGGAAAAACAAUCAGUUUCAUUUACGAAACAAUUGCGUAGUUCAGGAAAGGAUAAAGUGUCACCUUAUGCACCUCCAGUGAAAGACAUGAAUACACCUUUGAAAGACAUUAAUCUAGCUCAUACUAAUGUUAAUAAACCAAUAAUCACUGCAGAUCGUAAAUCGUAUGAAAUUAAACAACAUGUUCCAAGUUUAUCAUUUGUACCACAAGCCCUACCAGCAUUGUUUUCUAGCAAUACGAAGUCAACUAGUAGUAUAGAAAAACAACCCAACGCAAAUAACAAUCAGGACAUUUUGAAAACCAGUAUGAAGAUGAAACGUGAACGUAGCGUACAUUAUUCGAGUGGCCAAAAGGACAAUGAAGUUGUAAACACUUUACCAGAAGUAUCGUUGGCUGUGCCACUAAUAGUGAACUCACUUCCGAACUUUAAAUUCUCAGCAACUGCCAGUAGUACCAUUCAGACAUUAACACCUAUACCCAAGGCGUCUGUUUCGGUUUUUAAAAGUAAAACAGACGUCACACCUUCUGUUGGCUUUAACUUCGCCUUGCCAGGGGUGAUCAGUGAUAAAGCAGUACUGAAAACGCCCAACAAACAAUUCAAUUUUAGUAGUCCAGCGGCUUUACACAGUGGAAAUAGUAAAAAUUCUUCAAACAAUGCAAAAGUAGACUUACCACCAGAGCAGAACUCUGUUGGAAGUGUAUUGAAACCAAUGACGGGAGAUGACAGUCAAGAUAAUUUAUCGAAAAAAAGUGGGUCAACAAAACAUAUUAAAAAAGUUCAAAUGAAAACUUUGGCUUCUAAAUUUUUAAAACCUGAAGGUUGCUGGGAAUGUCCUACUUGCAUGAUACAGAAUAAAUCUACAGACAAUGUGUGUGUGGCAUGUUCAGACAAAAAACCAGUUGAGAAAGAAUCAGUAACAGAAACUUUUAAACCCUCCAACGAUAAUUUUAAGACAUUUAGUACUUUUAAAUUUGCUCAACCAGACUCUGGUUCCUGGGAGUGUCCGACUUGUAUGAUUAAAAACAAAGUUGAUUUACUGAAAUGUGCCGCCUGCUCAGAGUCCAAACCAGGCAGCAACCUCGUAAAACAGGAAAUAAAAAACGUUGGUCCAUUUAAUGCAUUGACAAGCACAGAUAAAACCGAAAAAACUGUUUUUCCCAUCAGGCAGUUAAAGUUGAAACAGGAUAGCAGCGAAUUCUGGGAAUGCCAGACCUGUAUGAUAAAGAAUAAAAAAGACUGUUCAGAAUGUGUUGCUUGUGGAGAAAAGAAUCCCAAUAGCAAUGCCACAUCUCAAAAAGUAACGUUUAGUGAUAACACUAAUAAAUCUACAUUUUCAUUUGGUUUAUCUUCUGACCAAGCUAAUAACAAAUCCCUGUUUUCAUUUGGUCAACCUAAAGAUGCAAUAAGCAGUAAAUCAACAUUUUCAUUUGGUAAUUCUGCAACUGAUUCUGCAACUACCAAAUCAACAUUUUCAUUUGGUCAACCCACAUCAGAUUCUGCAACCAGCAAAUCAACAUUUUCGUUUGGUCAACCCACAUUAGAUUCUGCAACCAGCAAAUCAACAUUUUCGUUUGGUCAACCCACAUCAGAUUCUGCAACCAGCAAAUCAACAUUUUCGUUUGGUCAACCCACAUCAGAUUCUGCAACCAAAAAGUCAACAUUUCCGUUUGGUCGACCCGAAACUGAUUCUGCAACAAGCAAAUCAUCAUUUUCUUUUGAUCAACCCACAUCAGAUUCUGCAACCAGCAAAUCAACAUUUUCUUUUGGCAAAACAACAGCUGAAUCAGCAAGCAACAAAUCAACUUCCAUUGAAAAAGUAAGUAAUCCAUCAGGAAGCAAAACUGCAUUUUUAUUUGGUGAAACAUCUGACUCUAACACUGGCAAAGAAAUUGUCGAUUCGUCUGUUGCCAAAAAGCCAUCCUUCUCAUUCGGCCAGAGUUCGAAUUUGCAUUCGUCUGGAUUUUCGUUCGGUAAACCCAUCAUGGCUGAUGCUGAAAAUUCUAUUAAAGUAUCUGCUGAACCUUUGACUGACAAAAAAGAAUCAACUGUCGAAUCAGAUUCAGUUUCUAAAGACAAGCCGCUCUUUAAAAGCAUUAAGGAGGCUGCUAAAGGUGGAUUUCUUGCUGUUUCAUCUGCUGGCGAUGAUGAAGUACAGACACUUGGCCAACAGUCGCAAUCUUUCAACGCCACUCUGUUUGGAGUGGCCAAACCAGCAACAGCAGCUACAGGUGGAUUUAAACUAGAGUCGAGCAAUUCAAAGAUGUCCCCAUUAAAGUCAUUUGCUACGAAAACGGAAAGCCAAACCAAUUUUUCUUUUGGUCUCGCAGCCCCAGCGACUAAUAGUGCAAUAUUCGAUUUAACGAAACCAUCUAUUUCUACUUCAAGUUCAAACCUGUUUGGUUCCAAGGCAGCUGAUGUGACUGCACAGGGAGGUUUUACUUUCGGCAUUGGUAGCGCUAAAGUUGACAAAAAUCUAACAGAAAAACCUUUAAAUUUUGGGUCUGCUUCAAAUACUUCCGCCUCUUUUGCAUUUGGCACGAGUACAUUUAAAUCGACUGCACCGUCACUUAAAACGACUACCAUAGAAACGCCGACAAAUGUUAUACCACCCGUCUCAAACAGUGGCUUUAACUUAGGUAGUAACAACUCCAGUACUGGAUUUAACUUUGGAGGGAAUACCACAAUGGAAGCAACGUCGAAUGUUUUUAGUGCCACUUCAUCCAUUAACUACGGCUCUAUGAAUAACGCGACGUUUCAAGAAAAUCAGCCUCCUACAGCAAACAGUGGAUUCCAGUUUCAGUCCAAUGCACCUUCUACAGAUGCAGGAUUUAGUUUUGGUAAUAACGGUGUGUCAAAACCUGCAUUUGGAUCAAGUGAGGCGUCCGCUCAGAGUGGUAUCUUUGGCUUUGGGACAUCUACUGUAAACCCUUUCAAUGCUGGCGAUGCAACAAUCGCGAAAAAGAGUAUUUUCGAGUCGGCAAAAGUUUCUCCUGGUUUCGACUUUUCGUCUUCGAAUAAAGCAGCCCCGUCUUUCAAUUUUACUAACGGUACUGUAUCGACGUUUAAUUCCACUGACCAAUCAACACAAAAUAUGUUUGCACCAAGUCCUGCCAAUACCGGAAAUAUGUUUAACAUGGGUUCAUCCUCCAAUUCGACGGGUGCUAUUAAAAGCAGACGCAUGAAACGAGCUGUUAGAAGAAUUAAAAAAUAAUUGAGUGAACAGCAACGUCACUUACGCUGACAAGAUAUAUCAGAAAUUGGUCAAUGCGCGAAAUAUGUAGCUUGUCCUAAAUUCUUUGUGGAAUUGGUGUAAUGGUGAAGAUAUAUGGACAUGAAAUGCUGACAAGUAUAUACGUCAUUAAGCAAUUAAGAAUGUUUUUUAAUUUUAAUUUUAGAGUAAUUUCACUUCCUGUAAUAUUUUACCCAUUUUUUUCUUCAUUUUACCCAUUUUUUUGCCCAAUGGUGUUCAUAUUCAAUGAUUUUUUUACAUGUUUUUUUUUACAAUAUACUUAGUCUGCGUUCUUCGUGAAGUACUCGAUAAUAAUUGAAUCAGCUGGUUCACAAACUGCAUAUAGACGCGAAUUAUAGUCUCUAGGUUUGAUUCGGAGAGUUUUUGAAGGACUAACAGAUUUUAUGCUUUGGUUAGUGGCGAUUUACUGGUAUGUAUUCUGAGAGAUUGGAAAAAAUAUAUAACGCUAUUUUUAAUAUUUUAAAACACCACUUAUAUUUUUAUGAAGAAGUGAAAUAAAAAGUGUUAUUACUGUU